ACUACGCGUGUGCGCAUGCGCAACUUUAAAGCGCCGCUGUCCUGCUGGAACUCUUUUGAACGUCAUAUUCGGACCGAACUGUCAUCUGAGGCCAGCGGACUGUCGUGGUGUUACGAAGUAAACACUCUCCGCAGCCUCUUCAAACCAAACGUGUUAAAUAACAAACCCAGCUCGUCUCUCGUUACCUUUGCGAAGAAGCAGUUUGGCAUCGGAAGAUUUUCCUCUGCGCCAACUCAACGCAAGAUGCAUAUCAGGCGCUCGAUGUGGCGGAUGCUGCUCCUCUACUUCCUGGCUGUGGCAGUAGUAACAGCCCAUGAGCAGGCCAAUGGUGAACAAUCAGAUGUCAGUGAAGAAAUUGGCUUAGACGAGGAGGACAUGGAGGCUUUAAUCACUGAUGAGGAGGAAGAGGAUAAAGCAACUGGUUUUGAUGAAGACGAACAGAAAAUUCCAGCUAGUGACAAAGUAUUUCAAGUAACGUACAAGACACCUGUGCCCACUGGAGACGUUUACUUUGCAGAGACCUUCGACGAUGGCUCACUUGGCAGAUGGCAGCUGUCAAAAACAGUGAAGGGGGAUGCAGACGAUGACAUCGCCAAAUAUGAUGGUAAAUGGGCAGUAGAGCAGCUGAAGGUGAACAAGGUUCCAGGAGACCAAGGCCUCGUGCUUAAGUCCCGGGCCAAGCAUCACGCCAUUUCCGCCAUGCUAGACAAGCCCUUCAUCUUUGCAAAUGAACCUCUCGUUGUACAAUAUGAAGUUAAUUUCCAGGAUGGGAUUGACUGUGGCGGUGCCUAUGUUAAACUGCUGUCAGACACUGGGGAUGUCAAUCUGGAACAAUUCCACGAUCGUACACCCUACACCAUCAUGUUUGGACCUGACAAGUGUGGCGAGGACUACAAGCUGCACUUUAUAUUCAAUCAUCAGAAUCCCUUAAAUAAAGAUUUGGAGGAAAAGCAUGCCAAGCGACCUGAUGUGGACCUCAAGAAGUUCUACACAGACAAGAAGACUCACCUCUACACUUUAGUCCUCAAACCAGACAACAGCUAUGAAAUGUUCGUUGACCAAUCCAGCGUGAGCAGUGGCACCCUGCUUCAAGAUGUGGUCCCUCCAGUCAACCCACCCAAAGAGAUUGAUGAUCCAAAUGAUACCAAGCCGCAAGACUGGGAUGAGAGGGCCAAGAUCCCUGAUCCUGAGGCUGCCAAGCCAGAUGACUGGGAUGAGGAUGCGCCUGCCAAGAUUGAAGACCCAGAUGCAGUGCAGCCAGAUGGCUGGCUGGAAGAAGAACUUGAAUUUAUCUCUGAUCCAAAUGCUGAGAAGCCAGAAGACUGGGAUGUGGAGAUGGAUGGGGAAUGGGAGGCUCCACAGAUACCGAACCCCGCCUGUGAGGCUACGCCAGGCUGUGGGCCAUGGAAGCGACCUAUGAUCAAUAACCCUCGAUACAAGGGCAAGUGGAAAGCCCCACUGGUGGACAACCUCAACUAUCAGGGGGUUUGGAAGCCUCGUAAAAUCAACAACCCGGAAUAUUUUGAGGACCUUCAACCAUUCAGGAUGACCCCUUUUAAAGCCGUGGGCUUGGAAUUGUGGUCUAUGACUUCAGAUAUUUAUUUCGACAACUUUAUCAUCACUUCUCACAAGGACGUGUCCGACCGCUGGGCCUCUGACAGCUGGGGCCUGAAGAAACUUGUGGCCAGCGCUAACGAGCCAGGGAUGUUUGCUCAGCUGAUGAUGGCAGCUGAGGAGCGGCCAUGGCUUUGGGUGGUCUACAUCUUGACAGUGGGUCUGCCUCUAGGACUUGUUGUGCUCUUCUGCUGGCCAAAGAAAGCUGACGACUAUGUGUACAAGAAAGUGGAUGUGCCACAAGCUGAUGUAGAAGAAGAGGAGCAAGAGGGGGAGGAGGAAGAGGAUGAAGAAAAGGCUGAAGAAGCAGACAAAGAUGUCAAAGAUGCCGAGUCUGCAGAAAGUGAAGCAGAAGAAGCAGAGGAUGACGUUGAUGCUACCAAUUUAACAGGAGACCAUGCUGAGCUGGACGCUGAAAAUAUUAAUGGCGAGGAGCAGGAGGAAGAUGACGAAGAUGAGGAAAGCAAAACUUCUGAGAGAAGAUUGGAAGUUGAGGCUGAAGGAGGCGGCGAUGGCGUGGAAAGCAACAAACAAGCGGUGAGAAAGAGGAAAGUACGAAAAGACUGAGGUGACGUCCACGUCGAUGUCUACGUCCUCCGACAGGCUGGAAGCUCCGCCUCUGCCGCUUCUUCCUCUCCGAACCGAGUAGAUAGAAGCGUGAUUUCCUCCAAUAGCCCUCAGUCUGACAUCCCCCACACGACCACGUCGCCAACAUCCCUCUGCGACGCCAUUGGUCUACACGCUGUUGGCUUUCUGCUCGUUUGCCUUCAAUGAAUUUGUGCUUUUUUUCUUAUUUUGCCAGUCAUUUCAUCUUCUUUUCAUUCUUAGCAUUCUCUCCAACAUUUGUCAGCAACUUUUUGGAGUGAGAUGAACAUUUUUACCUUCAAGAAUGCGACUCAAGACACGUCGUGACUGUAGGUACUGUCCUUGGCGAGGAGACGCCAUGUUGUCCAUUUUAGCAGUUUGGAAAAAGGUCAUUUACUUACUUUUUUGUGUUUAAUCACUGGUAUAGAAGAAGAACAAAGAUUAUUAUUAUUUGUGUAAAUAAUCCUUUCCGACCAAGUAAGUGGAGCUGGUUAAUUUGUGCAGCACACUAAAAUGCUGCGGCACAGUUGAUUGGGAAUCUUCAGAUAUGAUUGACACUUGACAACUAUUUAAAUUCAAAUAUUCUGUCGAUUCACCGAAGGAUGCAUUUUAGAGCCUAGAGUUAUGUGCAAGCAUGGGAAAAAAACACUUAAAAUGUACUCACAACAAAACAAAGAACAACAGACAUGCAGUAAAUACAUGACAUUGGAGGGCAAUCAUUUUGUGUGCGUGUGUUUUGCCAGGUGUUGAAUAGAAUGCGUUUUCUGACAAAAUGCUGAGUAAGACUUACGUACUGGAAGGUUACGGUCCAACAUUGUUGAUACCCAUGACUUGUUUCAUUUGUUGUCUCAAAGCUUUUAUAGUUGAUCUUCUGGCCUAUAUUAUCCCUGUGUACAUUGAUUUGCAAUAUAAAUAAAACUAUUUAAUAUGAAA